CCCUCCGCGUCGUGGCCCUGAUAAAGGGGCCCCGCGGGCAGGUCGGGGGUGUCGGCCAUGGCGUGGGGCUGCGCUCUGUGUGUGGCGCUCGCGGGCGGCGCGCUCCUGGUCCUGCUUGUGCAGGUGCUGCGCUGGCUGCGGGCUGAUGGCGACCUCACUUUGCUGUGGGCCGAGUGGAGGGGCAAGAAGCCAGAAAAUGAACUGCGUGGAAAGGUUGUCUGGGUGACAGGAGCUUCGAGUGGAAUAGGAGAAGAACUGGCUUACCAGCUAUCAAAGAUAGGAGCCUUGCUUGCCAUCUCAGCAAGAAGAGAGGAUGAGCUUGAAAGAGUGAAGAAGAAAUGCCUUCAGAUUAGCAGCUUGGAUGAAAAAGAUAUCCUUGUUCUGCGUCUUGACUUGACUGAUAGAAGCUCUCAUGAAGCUGCAACCAACAGUGUUCUUAAGCAUUUUGGCAAGAUUGAUGUUUUGGUCAACAACGGUGGACGUUCCCAGCGCUCCUUGUUUGUGGAUACAAACCUGGAUGUCUAUAGUGCCAUAAUAGAGCUCAACUACCUGGGUACAAUCUCUUUAACAAAACAUGUCCUGAAUCACAUGAUCCAAAGGAAAAAAGGAAAGAUUGUUACUGUGAGCAGUGUGAUGGGUAUCAUGGGAGCUCCCCUUGCCUCUGGGUACUGUGCCAGCAAGCAUGCUCUGCAGGGCUUCUUUAAUUCUCUUCGGACCGAGCUGACUGACUACCCAGAGAUCAGUAUUAUCAACAUAUGCCCAGGGCCUGUACAGUCCAAGAUUAUACAAAAUGUCUUUACGGAGAAUCUUGCAAAGUCCAUAGAGAACAGUGGUGAUCAGUCCCACAAGAUGCCGACUGACCGCUGUGUCCGGCUCACCCUGGUGAGCACAGCCAACGACCUGAAGGAGGCUUGGAUCAGCGACCACCCCUACCUGGCUGUUUGCUACCUCUGGCAGUAUGCACCCACUUGGGCCUGGUGGCUGAUGAACAGAAUGGGCAAGAGGAGGAUACAGAACUUCAAGAGUGGAAUUGAUGCCGAUGCCUCUUAUUCAAGAAAGAAGAAGUAAGGAGAAGCUUGUACAAAACCCUGUUGCUCUUCUGAUAAGGUGGAGAAACUGUUUUCAUGUUGUGUGACUGGAAACAGCAGCUUUUUUUAUCUGUUGUACCUUUGUCAUCAUGUAAGCAGACAAAUCUAUCAAGCUGUAUACACACUUGGCUAAAUAAAAGUCUUUUAAAACAUA